UAAUCGCAUAUGUUAUAGAUAGUUGAAGAUUAUAAUAAUUUACAGUGGUGGUGGAAGUAAUGGGGUUACUUACCCCCAUUUUUUUUUUUUUUCAACAAAGAAGCAAAACUAAACUAAGUAGAUUCCUGAGCCGAGAACCAUCUCAGAGGAACGGAGUCAACAUAAACCAUAGCAGAAGGCUGAGUCCUAGCACCUCGUGCUAGCUUAUCCGCCAUCGUGUUUUGUGCCCCCGUUUUAAAUUUUAAUUUUUUUUUACUAAUUAUAACUAGUUUUAAUUAAUGCUUUCUUCAUAACUUUAAUUUGUACUCAGUUUUUUCUUCUAAGAAAUUAAUAUCAUAAAUAAAUAUUAGAUAGAUAGAAAUUUGUAGAUCAAUGGAUGAGCCUGCCAACUUUAAAAAGGGGACCAAUGUAGCUCUAACUUUCAUGGGAAAGUUCCUCUAAUCAAUAAGAUCUGAAAACAUAAAAUGUCUUUCCAAAUUACAAUAUAUUGUACAUCAAAUUGCAUAUAAUUGAAAUAAUACAACGGCAAAAGGAAAGAAAAAACAUGGAUGGUUCAUAGCAUUAGAGUAAAGUAAGAUAUAUGCAUGGUCUUAUUUUAUUCAGAGAGAUAACAAGUUGCUCAAAAGUCUUCUUUGUUGUCUUCGAUUUCUUUGACCUGCCAGUCAAUUUGCUUAAAGAUGACUGAUGAUGGGAUGACAUGGUUUUUGUCAAGAAUAUUGUUGCGAUGACUUCCAAGUCAAUCAAAUUGUUUAUUUCCAUUAUCUGUAAAUACAAGAUAAAUAACAAUUAUUAAAAUAAAAUAAUUAUUUAUCAUUGUUGAUUUGCUAUUCGUGGUAUGUUAACCAUUUCAUUUUAAACAAAAAAGUAUAAUAUACUAAUUCAUUUAUACAAUAUAUAUUUCAGUAUAGUUAAGAUUUAAUAUAUUUUGCUUCCAAUAAAAUAAGUUCCUGGCCGCCACAAAUUAUUAAGUUUUAGGUAUGGAUCGACUAUCUACAGUGACGACAAAAAUAAAAUAGUCUCAAAAACAUUGGGCGUAGACAGUUUAAUAGUCAACAUACUGGAUGCAGAUUUGCUUUUUCGUAGACUAUAUAAAACCCCUGAGUAAGCUUAUCUUCUCGGCACGAAACCAAAUCACCAAAGCAGAAAAAAAGAUAGAAAGAGCAUAUUAUACAAUAAUACCUUUUCUAGGGAGAAGAAAGAAGAAAUGGUGCAGUCGGUGAUCGUGGAUCGAAGGUUCUGUGUUCCUGGCCCCGUGGAUCUGGUGAUGGUGCGGGAUAAGAUUGCGUCGCAGUACGGUAACUUCGUUAUAGGUGACGUUAACGGGAACAUGAUGUUCCAGGUGAAGAAGCCGGGUUUUGGUCUUCACAAGAAGAUGAUCUUAUUGGAUAGUUCUGGAUCUCCGGUUUUGACUAUGAAAGAAAAGUCGAUGACCUUGCAUAACAGGUGGCAAGUAUUUAAAGGUGGGAGUACGGAAGAGUGUGAUAUGUUGUACACUGUGAAGAGAUCGUCGAUGAUUCAGCGUACGACGAAACUUGAGGUGUUUUUUGGUCAGAACAAUGAAGAGAAGACAUGCGAUUUCAGAGUCAAGGGGACGAAUUGGCUCGAACGCUCUUGUGUCGUCUACGCUGGCGUAUCUGACGUCAUUGUUGCCCAAAUGCAGCACAAGAAGCACACGCGGCAUACCGCUUUAUCGGGAAAGGAUAGUUUCUCAGUGACGGUUAAUCCAAACGUCGAUUAUGCCUUCAUUGCCUCUCUCGUAGUCCUUUUUGAUGUUAUUGACCGACAAGAGUCGGCCAAAGGAAUCGGCACUGAUAAUUUCGAGGCUGCCCACGUUGUACAUGGUUUAUUUCAAUGAUGGAUUUUAAAAGAGUUUAAAUCCAACCAAAAUCUAUUGUUAUUCAGGCAAUGAUUCUGAAUUAUGUUUUAAAGUUCAGUGGUAUUGGAUCUUAUAUUUAUAAAACACUCAUCAUAUAUUUUUCAAUCCAUUGUUAUUUAAGAUU